AUGGUUACAGACAUAUCUAGACAAGAAAAUGGCAACUGCGAAACUGUUAGCCAUUAUCAAAAAGUAGCAAAUAUGAGAAAUGUUGAAGAAAAUCACCAAGGUAAAUUACUACCUAAAGAAACCAAAUCCGCUGAAUUUGAAGAGGUGGAAGUUUUCAGGGCAAUUGCCCAAGAAUACUUCCCCGAAGAAAUUGAUGAAGAGACGGAAACCAUCCUUAGGGACCUUAACACAGAAGAAAGUGAAUGGGAAGAUUAUAGCACUGAUGAAUAUGAAAUUUGGGAAUGUGAACUGGACAAAGAACUCACCACGAAUGAAAUAGAGCAUGAAAGUUAUCUUUAG